AUGGACAACAACAACACAGGAUCUGGAGAAUCGGGCAAAUCGACAAUAGUCAAGCAGAUGAAAAUCAUCCAUCAGAACGGAUACACUCGCGAAGAACUGCUGCUAUUCAAGCUGACCAUCUACAAGAACAUCAUCGACUCGGCUCAGGCCGUCGUCGUGGCCAUGCAGAAACUCAAGCUCGAGCCCGUCGAGCCCAUCAACCAGUCAUACUCCGACAAGAUCCUCGACUACCGGCUCGACUUCAACCAGUUCGGAGGCGGGCUCAACCCCGAAAUCGUCCGCUCCAUCGAGUCCCUCUGGCACGACCCCAUCAUCCCCGCCGUCCUCGACAGGGGGAGCGAAUUCUACCUGAUGGACUCCGCCGGAUACUUCUUCGACCAUGUCCAUCGGAUCGGCCAGAUGGACUAUAUCCCCAACGAAGUCGACGUGCUCAUGGCCCGGACAAAAACAACGGGCAUCUCCGAGACCAAGUUCAAGUCCGGCCAGCUCAGCAUCCACAUGUUCGACGUCGGCGGGCAGCGCUCAGAGCGCAAGAAAUGGAUCCACUGUUUCGAGGCCGUCACCUCGAUCAUCUUCUGUGUCGCACUGAGCGAAUACGACCAAGUACUUCUGGAAGAGAGCGGCCAGAAUCGGAUGGCAGAAUCGUUGGUGCUCUUCGAGUCGGUCAUUAACUCGCGCUGGUUCCUGCGCACAUCAAUCAUCCUCUUCCUCAACAAGAUCGACAUCUUCAAAGCCAAGCUGCCCAAGGUGCCCCUCGAGCGCUUCUUCCCCGAAUACACCGGCGGAAACGACGUCAACAAGGCCGCCAAAUAUAUCCUCUGGAGGUUUACCCAGCUCAACCGCGCCAGACUCAGCAUCUACCCCCAUCUCACACAGGCCACAGACACUUCCAACAUCCGACUGGUCUUCGCAGCCGUCAAAGAAACAAUACUACAGAACGCCCUACGGGAUAGCGGAAUUCUCUAG